UCUUUAUAUAUAACUGAAUUAAUGAUAAUAUGAUCGAUUGAAAUUCAAAAAAACCAAUUGGCAGCGCCAUCGCUCGCAGCUUUCCGGAGUUAUUUUGCGACCGUACAGCUGUUUGCUUUCAACAGGUGUUGUAGUUGUACAUACAUACGUCAAUGAGUAUGCGUGCCAAACAGUAAAUGUGCAAUAAUAAAACAUUAUGGCACGGUUUUAAUUGCCAAGACUAGUUUCAAUGGAUGCUAAACUCGCUGCUUAUCGCAAUAAGAAACGACGAGAGGCUAUGGUCGACGCGGCUAAAAACACAAUAAAGGAGGCUUUGUCUUGGCAACGAAGUCCAGCCGUCAACAUUCCUGACGAUAAAGACGACUUGGAAAGCAUCAUUUCAGAGGACAGCAUAGAUUUUAGUCCUCCCCCAAAUCCAUUUUUUACCAGGACCAUGUGUAUUCUGUACUUUUUACUGUGGCUCACCUUGUAUAUAAUUGCCAUCAAAGUGGAGUUUGGAGCCGUUUACUUUGUGGUGUCUGCUCUGGUAUUUAUCUAUUUCAAUACUCGAUCUGGACCAAAGAAGAGAGGGGAACUUAGUGCUUAUUCGGUAUUUAAUCCAGAGUGCCAAUCUAUUGAUGGUACUUUAAAAGCAGAACAGUUUGAGCAAGAAAUCAGAUUUGGAGCUGCUAGUGUACAUUGAUCUUUUAAACUUGAGAUACAUAUCAUCUAUGCACAUGCUGUAGAAUUGUAAGAUAUAUCAUAAAAAAUAAGUUGGACAUUUUUUAUUAUACAAUUAAAUUGAAUUUUGUGAAUUGUAUCCAACUUAUCUGAAAUGCAUUGUAUAUAAGUAUAUAUUUAUUUUAU